AAAAGGUCGGGGGUGGAGGCGAAAGAAGCCCUGUUAUAGUCAACUAGUCAUUAGCUCCACCUCAGGAAGAGGCAGACUGCGCGCAGGAAUAAAACGUGUUCCUUGAAGGAACAUGCAAAGAUUUACAAACGACCUUCAGCUGAGGCAGUUGUGAGGCUGCCCUGUCCAUGUUGAGAUUGGGAUGGGCGUUUUCCCCGAAUCAGGCACUUUUAUUAACAAUUUGGUGCGUCAGUGAAUGGAGUUGCUCUUCAGCCGCAGUGUUAACUGCGGGACCUCCAAAACCCGCAGAACGCCAGCUCACCUGAGUUCUUGGUUUCCAACAAAAGCGUGGUCACACCACAAACUUUUAUCGCAGAUAGGAAAACGACUCUGAAACUUUCUUUUCCCGGAACCCUCACUCCCCUCCUACCCCGCCCUCUGCGCUAUGCGCUCCGCUUCUGGAGGUGAAUAACCUCUUCGUCUAGAAUGCCAGCUCUGCGAAAUCCCAGGUACUAAACACAACCCGACUAACCAACCUCCCGGGAUAGAGAAGCUAGAAAACGUAGCAACCCCCAUAUACAAGCCGCUGUUUUCCCCGAGGUUUUUUUUUGUUUUGUUUUUUUAAAAAGACAACCGUCCCAUCGCCGCGCAAUGCAUACUAGAAUAAGUAGUUCCUUCAACCGGCGAGGCCUGAGAUCAGUUCCGAGCUCAGGUUAACUCUCCGGAAGAGCACUACAAUUCCCAUCGCACCCUACGGCAGCAUGGAAGGGGCGGGACGGGAGGGCGCGUCGCGCUUGCGCGGGUCGAGAGGCGGUAGAGUAGGAGAGGUUGCGGUCGAACUGCUAAAGCGUCUCCAUGUGACAGUGAGCUGGGUCCCAGCUCCAGCCGCCGCCCGACUCUGGUUUCCGACCCCAAGAACUGUCCACUGUCCCGGCACCAGCAGACACCAGCAGGCGGGGGACACUUGGUGUUUGGCUGUGCCGCCUGAGGACUUGGUGUACGGAGUGAAUUGUAGCCGCCGGUGCAGGUGCCUGAGGGAGCUCGCUGAGACCCCUGCGUCUCCAGAGAGAGGCGGAGCGGGGAUUUCUGUCAGCGCCGGCGCCUCUGAGCGCGGAGUCAUGAAUGGUUUCACGCCUGAAGAGAUGAGCCGUGGCGGGGAUGCGGCCGCCGCAGUGGCCGCGGUAGUUGCUGCCGCCGCAGCUGCCGCCGCUUCGGCCGGGAAUGGGGCCGGGGCGGGCGCCGGGGCUGAGGUGCCCGGCGCCGGGGCCGUCUCGGCGGCUGGGCCCCCAGGAGCGGCUGGGCCGGGCCCCGGGCAACUGUGCUGUCUGCGGGAAGACGGUGAGCGGUGCGGCCGGGCGGCAGGCAACGCCAGCUUCAGCAAGAGGAUCCAGAAGAGCAUCUCCCAGAAGAAGGUGAAGAUUGAGCUGGAUAAGAGUGUAAGGCAUCUUUACAUUUGUGAUUAUCAUAAAAACUUAAUUCAGAGCGUUCGAAACAGAAGAAAGAGAAAAGGGAGUGAUGAUGAUGGAGGAGAUUCACCUGUUCAAGAUAUUGAUACUCCAGAGGUUGAUCUAUACCAAUUACAAGUAAAUACACUUAGGAGAUACAAAAGACACUUCAAACUACCAACCAGACCAGGACUUAAUAAAGCACAACUUGUUGAGAUAGUUGGUUGCCACUUUAGAUCUAUUCCAGUGAAUGAAAAAGACACCUUAACAUAUUUCAUCUACUCAGUGAAGAAUGACAAGAACAAAUCAGAUCUCAAGGUUGAUAGUGGUGUUCACUAGGAGAGAUGGAAUUGAGACUCAGACUUGGAUAUUCAGAUGUUAAGACUGUUUUUUCACAUGUAGAAAUAAAUGUUCCUUGUGUAUUUUUUCUACAGAGGGUUUUCUCUGAUUUUAUUUUCUUUGUUUCUGACUAAUAAUUAGUUGGAAACUCAUAUUAAAUGAGCUUUCCUAGAUUAACACAUAUUUUAAAUAAAGGUUAUUACUAUUA